AUGGUUAUCGGGGCCGACCACCGCUAUAAGAAUUUACAAGCACACGCGAUAGCCAUCAACAGCGCCCUCAAGCAAUUCAAAGAAGAACAGGGAAAGACAGGCAACGGUCCGCCUAAGUCGAUCUUUCUCCCGCUGAUCGAAAACCUUAUCAAUUUUGCCAGCCGGGUCGUUGAGACGCCCUCGGUCGAGGCCCUCCGCGAGGACCUUAAGAAGAUCAAAAGCACCCUUCAAACGCAGGCGAACCAGCAACUGCAGAUCGCCAAAACCGUCAACAGCCUCAGCAGGCCCGCGGCUGCCUCGCCGCCGGUAACGGCCCCCGGGGCGCGCUCGUACAUCGACACCCUCGCCAAGGCCCAAACCAACGCAACCGACGCCGCAGGCGAGUCGGCGAGCUCAAGCAGCCCACCGGUACAGCCAGCCCUCGCUAAGAACCUUGUUAUCCACGUGCGAAAAACCGCGGACACCAUGGUCAACCCGCUGCGCCGCGAUAACAAGGCCUUGGUAGACCGCGUCAACAAGAAUAUCGCCGACACGAAGGAUAAGAUAAUCGCCCACCGCAAGGUCCUUGCGGGCUCCGUAUUACCCAGCGGCAGCAUGAUCCUUACAGCCGACAACCUAAAGAAUCUGGAACGCCUUAUCCGCACACGGUCGCCAUGGGUCAAGGUGCUUAGCCCGAACGCAACAAUCAAGAGACGCGGGUACUCGAUUGCAGUAUACGGUAUGGAUAUCGGCCGUAUCAACCACGAAAGCCCCGCGAAGCAGCAGAAGGCCUUAGCCGAGAGGAUCAAGGCCGCCAACACCAGCUGCCUGGCUGCAACACCCACCGAGGUCACGUACGUUGGCUGGGUGCGGCCCUGGAAGACCGUCACCAGGGAGAGCAAGCCCUCUAUACUAAUAGUUGAACUCGACAGCUCAAACGCGGCGAACGCCCUUCUCCGCGGAGGCUUCGUGCUCGACGGCAAGUACUUUAACACUAGUUACUACGACCGCGAUCAGCAGCUCUUGCAGUACUUUAGAUGCCAAGAAUCUAACCACAUCAAGCAGUACUGUCGAAGAAACCGGGCCUGCGCGUACUGCGCGCGCUCAUACAAAUCCAUAGACUGUACAUUUAAGAACGACAAGACACACGCCAGAUGCGCGAACUGCAGGCUGAAGCACUUCGCCUUUAACCGCAUCUGCGCAAAAAAGAAGAAACGCCUUAAGGCCGUCAGACAACACCGGCUGGACGCGCCUGCGCUGUACGCCGAACUCCCCGUCGGCGGCAGCAACGCCACCGCUUCAACCGCGCCGGCUGACGCUAUACCGGUUAACACCGUCCCCGAGCUGAGCUCUAAGCUGGCUCAAUCCAAGAGCCGCCGCAAAUCGACCACAAAGCCGGAGGCCGCACUAGUUCCGGCAGUGGAAAUCCUUGCCGAGGUGGAAACCUCCCGCGGCAAGCGGCUGAAGCAACGUCACGAGGAGAACAACCAGAAAAUUAUAAAGAUUGAUAUCCGCAGUCAAAGUCCUUCCAUGGGCAACGCUCCGGCACAAACCGCAACGCAGCCCGCGGCGGCUUCGGUUCGCAGUCUCGAGAAUAUCCAGAACGCCGUUAAAGUCGUGAACCGCUACCGCAGCCAACGCCGUAACCAAUUCACCGUCCCGGACGAGAGCAGCGACGAUAAACUCAGCGCCCUCGCCCCCGACGCCACCGAACCCACCGAGACCGCCAGCAAUGAAUAA